AUGGCUGAUGUCUACGUUCGGCUGGAAAGUUAUUGUAAGCAUAUAAAACUAAGCUGGCCUAAAAGUCAUUCCACUGUACACAAUCCUGAUUCAGAAUCUGAUCGGCAGAAAAGCGCAGCUAAGUCCGGAUAUUCCUGCUUCGCUCGCAUACGUGGCUACACCGAUUCCACCGUGGCUGUGAUAAUCGUGUACUGCGUGCUGUUCGUCAUCGCCGCCGGUGGCAAUCUGUCGGUGGUAAUUACGUUAUUUCGCUCCCGUCGGCACCGGCGUUCCCGCGUUAGCCUUAUGAUCUGCCACCUGGCCGUUGCCGAUCUGAUGGUGGCCUUCAUCAUGAUUCCCCUGGAGGUCGGCUGGCGCAUUACGGUACAGUGGCAUGCCGGCAAUGUGGCGUGCAAAGUUUUCCUCUUCAUGCGCGCGUUCUGUCUCUAUCUGAGCUCGAACGUGCUGGUGUGCGUCUCGUUGGAUCGCUGCUUUGCUGUGAUAUAUCCUUUACGGGUUUCCGCCGCUCGGAAGCGGGGCAAAAUCAUGCUCGGCGGAGCCUGGUUUAUAGCCUUUGUCAACGCGAUUCCACAGAGUAUAAUUUUUCGCGUCCAGCAGCACCCACAGGUGCCGGGCUUCACGCAGUGCGUCACGUUCGGGUUCUUCCACACGCCCGGCAUGGAAACGGCUUACAACCUGUUCUGCGUGAUAGCAAUGUACUUCAUGCCGCUGAUGAUUAUCAGUGCCGCCUACACGGUCAUUCUGUGCGAGAUUUCCAACCGGUCCCGGGAGAAAGAAACUAUCGAUACGAGCCACCAGCCGGGAAUGCGACUGCGCUGCAACGAUCUGACCCACAUCGAACGAGCCCGGCAGAGGACGCUUCGGCUCACCAUAACCAUUGUCGUCGUGUUCGUCUGGUGCUGGACGCCGUACGUCGUCAUGACAUUGUGGUACAUGUUUGAUCGGGAGAGUGCCAUCAAAGUGGACGGCGCCAUCCAGGAUGGUUUGUUCCUGAUGGCCGUAUCGAACUCGUGCAUGAACCCGCUGGUGUACGGUUCCUACGCAAUGAAAUGCCGGUGGCCCUGUCAGAAACGGAACACACCGAACGGACUGCAAACGCCCAACGCCGCCCAGCGAAGAUCUACUGGCUAUGUGACGUUUUCGCCCGCAGAUGCUGUCUCUGGGAUGGCGGGACCCCACUCGGAUCGGCUAACCGGGCGUGACAAUAAGGACGAGCUGGUGUACGAGCGGGAGCAGAGCAUCAAAUUGAAUCGGCUCAGUCUUAAUGAUACGCUGCUCGGCGGUGGACAGCAGGGAAAACUUGGCGGCACCGGAGCCUGCGGUCUAACCGUUGCAUCAGAAAAAUAUGGCUCCUGCACCCCAACCAUCCGGAGCGUGCACAUGACGGCAUCUGCGCUGACGACGGGAGUGCCAUCCGGUGCGUACGGUCGGCCGAAAGCAUAUCAACCCAGCUACAGUGAUUUCACCAUGAUGGCCGACGAACGUUCGCUGAUACUGUCGAGACCUUCCUUCUACUCGGAUCCGACACCGAACGAGCUGGACUUCUCGGUGGACAGCAAUCUGACCCGCAGCCUGGACACCGGCGGCUGGCGAUGA